AUGAUCAUUCAAGAUUCUGGGUCAGAGCUUGUAGCUCCAGAUAUUGUGAUUGGACCUAAAAACACAACAGUUGUUUUGGGGAAGGAAGCUACGCUGGAGUGCAUUGUCAAUGCCAGACCGGUUGAUGGCCUUGCGGUGUUAUGGAAACGUGGUGGACAUUGGCUGGCCAGUGGGCGUCGGCUUAUUGUUCCUGCUGCCACCUCUUCUGAUGCAGGGUUGUAUGUUUGUGAAGUGUUGGUUAGCAACAGCACUAUCAAACCCGUGGAGGCAAGGGGAUACCUGACUGUAGUGGAGCCACCUUCACUGACUGUUCAACCCAAAAGGAAAAUCGUUGCCGAAAUCGACAGAAAUAUAGAAAUCCCCUGCAAGGCUUCAGGCGUGCCGCAGCCAAGGAUCGAGUGGUAUAAGGACACAGUGCCUCUUUCCAAACUGGCCAACGCUCGCUACAAGGUCAGCUCGGCCGCUGGGCUGACGGUGCGCAAGGUACAGCCAGGAGACGGAGGAAUAUUCCAGUGCUUCGCUCGCAGCCCAGCAGGAGAGACUCAAGCUCACACAGAGCUCCUUGUUUCAAGUGUGGCUCCCACAGUUCUGUCCCGUCCUUUUGACCAGACAGUAACUGAUGGUGAUAUGGCUUUAUUUACCUGUCAGAACAGUGGAGCUCCAAAACCUGCCGUCAUCUGGAGAAAAGGAUCACAGAUCAUAGCCAGCGGCUCGGUUCAGGUUCCCAGGUUCACACUGCUGCAGUCAGGCAGUUUGCAGAUUCAGCCGGUCAGCAUCCAGGACUCAGGAGAAUUCACCUGCAUCGUGUCCAACUCUGAGGGAACCGUCAACACCACGGCUGCACUCACUGUGUGGAGUCGUACAGUUAUUUCUGUGCCUCCAGAUGACCAGCGUGUAAUCAAAGGAACUACAGCUGUUCUGGCCUGUAAUGCGACACAUGACCCCAGAAUUAAUAUCAGCUUUAAGUGGUACCGCGGCGGCGUACCGGUGCUUCCAAGCAGCGGUGGCCGUGUUUCUGUGCAGCCAGGUUCUUUGACUAUUAGCCAGACGUGGUCAGGUGACAUUGGGGACUACACUUGCAGUGUGAUGUCACAAGCAGGCAAUGACUCCCAGUCUGCACGCCUCGAAGUCAUUGAGCUACCACACUCCCCCCGCUCCCUAACGGCUCGUCUCAAUGAUUCAGACUCCCGCUCUGUCCGCCUGUCCUGGCUGCGGCCCUUUGAUGGAAACUCCCCUCUUCUCUACUACAUCUUGGAACUCUCAGAAAACAAUUCCCCAUGGAGGGUCUACCUAUCUGAGGUGGAUCCUGCAGUGAGCGAGGUAUCAGUGGGCGGACUCACACCUGCAAGAACCUACCAGUUCAGACUCUGUGCUGUCAAUCAAGUGGGCAGGGGUCAAUACAGUGCUGAAACACAGAGGAUGAUGCUUCGAGAAGAGGCGCCGAGUGCUCCCCCUAAUAACAUUGUGGCCAGCGGUCGCACAAACCAGUCCAUUAUGGUCCAGUGGCAGCCUCCUCCAGAAUCCGAGCUUAACGGCAUCCUCCGAGGAUAUGUCCUAAGGUACCGUCUGGCUGGAUUGCCGGGGGAAUACCAAGAGAAGAAUAUUAGCAGCCCAGAGACUAACUACUGUCUGCUGAAGGACCUCAUCAUCUGGACUCAGUACCAGAUUCAGGUGGCUGCCUACACAGGAGCUGGCCUGGGCGUGUACAGCCGGCCUGUCACAGAGUACACACUGCAGGGAGUUCCCACAGCACCUCCACAGGAAGUGGAAGUUGUAGCUAUUAAUUCGACCACCAUCCGUUUCACAUGGAACCCUCCACCUCAACAGUUCAUUAAUGGCAUCAACCAGGGGUACAAGCUCCUGGUCUGGCCUGAACAAUCUCCUGAGGAGGUUAGAGUGGUAACCAUUACUCCUGACUACCCGAGCUCCCGGCACACAGGAUUAGUCAGCGGUCUCAGGAAGUUCACCUGGUACUACGGUUCCACUCUCUGCUUCACCACACCUGGAGACGGCCCCUGCAGUGCACCCACCCUUCUGCAGACACACGAGGAUACGCCUGGACGUGUUCGCCACCUGAGCUUCACUGACAUCCUCGACACAUCCCUUCGAGUCAGCUGGGCUGAGCCACAGGACAAGAAUGGCAUCAUCACUGGUUACAUACUGUGGUGGGAGGUGCCUAGUGUAAGGUCAAGCCGAGUGGAGCGCUCCGUGUCCAACUCCACCCUGGAGUACCAGCUGACAGGUCUCACCUCAACCACUGCGUACACCAUUCAGGUGGCAGCGCUGACGGGUGCAGGACAGGGCGUGGUCACGUCUUCCACCGUAUCCACCGGCGUCCCACCAGAACUUCCUGGGGCUCCCUCCAACCUGGUCAUCUCUAACAUCAGUCCUCGGACAGCGAUGCUCAGGUUCCGCCCUGGUUCUGAUGGCAAAACCGUCAUAUCCAGAUGGAUCGUUGAAGGACAAGUGGUGAAGGAGGAUGGGAGGGAGGAGGCAUGGAGGGUCGUUUACCAGAAAGACAACGAGCCGAAUGCAGACACGCUGGAGAUCACCAGCCUCACUCCCUUCACUCAGUACAGGUUUAGGAUGCAGCAGGUGAACAUCGUUGGUUCCAGUCCAAUGAGCGCCCCCUCUAGGCUGAUUCAAACACUGCAGGCUGCCCCUGACACCCACCCCUCCAACCUCAGCCUCGUGUCUGUCACACAGACCAGUCUACAUUUUAGCUGGAAGCCUCUUCCGCAGUCAGAGUACAACAGCAGUCCAGAGACUGUGGGCUACCGGAUCCGUGUUUGGAGGACAGAUGGAGAUGGGGAGGACAGAACUGAGGACAUAAAGGGUGGAGUUGGAACCACUGAAGUUACAGUAGAGGGGCUAAGUCCCUGGACCCACUACCAGGUUCAGAUGCAGGCCUCGAACUCCAUAGGACCAGGACCAUGGAGCCAAACGCUCUCAGCACGCACCGCAGAGUCUGCUCCGUCUAGAUCUCCGGAAAAUGUAACCGCCGAGGCAGUGAGUUCCUCCAGGAUCAUGCUCACCUGGUCUGCUCUUCCUGAGGCACAAAGGAAUGGAGUCAUUAUUGGGUAUAAGGUGUUGUACCAUGAGAAAGACUCAGACACUCCCCCUUGUGUUCAGGUGGUACAAGGAGACAGAAAUCUAACACUGCUUCUGGGUUCCCUCCAAAAAUAUAAAAUGUAUGCACUGCAAGUGCUGGCGUUCACACAGGUUGGAGACGGCCCUCCCAGCAGCCCUGUCCUCCUCAGAACUAAAGAAGAUGUCCCAGGUCCCCCAGUCCGUAUGAUGUUUCCAGAGGUUCGACUGACAUCGGUUCGGGUGGUCUGGCAGCCUCCUGCAUUUCCCAACGGCAUCAUUUUAGGCUACCAAAUAUCGUACUGCCUUUACAGCAGGGACCCUCUGCGGUGGACCACUGUGGAAGUGGGCUCCAAUGCUCACCAGUUUACUGUCACAGGCCUCUCCUCUGAACACACCUACGUGUUUUGCCUCACAGCUCGCACUGCCGUGGGCUGGGGCGAGCGGCAGGAAGCCCUGGUAGUUACCACUGAACGCAGAGAACGCCCCCAACCGCCCAGGAAGCUUUCUGUUCCUCAGGGUGAGGUGAAGGCUCGCCGACUCUGUGUCUACUGGGUAAUUGGUGGCUCAGGCUCCUCUCCUCUGAGGUACUUCACUUUGCAGCUGAAGGAGCUGCCGAAUGGGCCCUGGAAGACCCACACAGUUGACGUCCCACACAAUGUGACUUCCUGGACAGUUGACAGGCUGAAGCCCUUCACAUCAUACAAGAUUCGAAUGCUGGCCACUAAUGACGUAGGAGACAGUGUCCUCAGCAAGGAGACAGAUGCUGUUACUACUCUACAGGAUGUUCCUAAUGAGCCUCCAGUGAUCCUCUCAGUGAAACCAACAACUACUACCUCAGUGAUGGUGCAGUGGAAGCGCCCCAGUGAAGACAGUAUUAAUGGAGUCCUGACUGGAUACAGGCUGUAUUACAGGGAGCUCCCUGCAAAUGGAUCCACUGUCAGUGAUGCCCGAGUCCAGACAGCUAAAAACCAUAGCACAAGUGCCCUCAUUACAGCCAAGAGCACCUUCAAGACAGUCAGCAGUGCCUCACUCACAGAGUUUGAGCUGACACAACUAAAGAAGUUCAAACAUUAUCAUAUUGUGAUGACGAGCUACAACAUCAUUGGUGAGAGCCGUCCAUCCGCUCCGGUUGAGGUGUCUGUUGGAGAGGCCGCUCCUUCGGUGGCGCCUCAGUCGAUCAAGGUGUCAGCCGUGUCUCCCUCCACCCUGGAAGUGACCUGGGACAUGCCGCCCCUGGAGACCCAGAAUGGACUCAUCCAAGGCUACAAGGUGACUCAGAGAAACAAGCACAAACACACAGGGAACAAAUACAACAUGCCUGCCUGGGGAAAGGCAAA